AUUAGAGGGAGGGCUGCCUGCCUGCCUGCCUGCCUGUCACUCCGUCUCUCUCUCUCUCUCUCCCCGGUGACCUCAGCCUCCCUCCUCCGCCGAUGCUCUUUCCACACUCACUCCUUCCUCCUCCUCCUCCUCCUCCUCCUCCUCCGCAGGUCCUUUAAGAGGGAACUCCAGCACCGAGCACAGAGAGACGAGCACCAAAUCCUUCUUCCUUGGGUCUCCGGUGGGGAAGCAACACAAGACCCAAAGCCAUGGCCGAGGGGCACCAGGAGGAUGGGACGGAGGGGGACAUCCUGGGACAGGUGGACAAGUAUCUCUAUCACAUGCGUCUUUCGGACGAGACGCUGCAGGAGAUUUCGGACCGGUUUGGGAAGGACAUGGAGAAGGGCCUGGGGGCCGACACCAACCCCACCGCCUCCGUGAAGAUGCUGCCCACCUUCGUGAGGUCCACCCCCGACGGGACAGAGGAAGGGGAAUUCCUGUCCCUGGAUCUGGGAGGAACCAACUUCCGGGUCUUGAGGGUCAAGGUGGCCGACAACGGGAGCAAGAAGGUCGAGAUGGAGAACCAGAUCUAUGCCAUUCCGGAGGACCUCAUGCGCGGAAGCGGAGCGCAGCUCUUUGACCACAUUGCGGAGUGCCUGGCCAGCUUCAUGGAGCAGCUGCAGAUCAAGGAGAAGAAGCUCCCGCUGGGCUUCACCUUCUCCUUCCCUUGCUACCAGACCAAACUGGACGAGAGCAUCCUUGUGAACUGGACCAAAGGGUUCAAGUCCAGUGGCGUGGAAGGCCGGGAUGUGGUCUCCCUCCUGCGGAAAGCCAUCCGGAAGCGCGGGGACUUUGACAUCGAUAUUGUUGCCGUGGUGAAUGAUACGGUUGGGACGAUGAUGACCUGCGGGUACGACGACCACAACUGCGAAGUGGGGCUCAUUGUUGGCACCGGUUCCAACGCUUGCUACAUGGAGGACAUGCGCCACAUCGACUUGGUGGAAGGGGACGAGGGGCGCAUGUGCAUCAACAUGGAGUGGGGCGCCUUCGGGGACGAUGGGUCGCUCAGCGACAUCCGGACCGAGUUCGACCGGGAGAUCGACAUGGGGUCCCUGAACCCAGGAAAACAAUUGUUUGAGAAGAUGAUCAGUGGGAUGUACAUGGGGGAGCUGGUGCGGAUCAUCCUGGUCAAGAUGGCCAAAGAGGAGCUGGUCUUCGACGGGAGGCUCACCCCGGACCUGCUGACCAGGGGCCACUUUGAGACCCGAUUCGUCUCCGCCAUUGAGAAGGAGCAGGAGGGCCUGAACAAGGCCCGGGAGAUCCUGACCCGGCUGGGCCUGGACCCCACCCCCGAGGACUGCGUGGCCACGCAGCGCAUCUGCCAGGUGGUCUCCACGCGCUCCGCCAACCUCUGCGGGGCCGCCCUCUGCGCCGUCCUGCGCCGCAUCAAGGAGAACAAGGGGGUCGACCGGCUGCGGACCACCGUGGGGGUGGACGGCACUGUCUACAAGAAGCACCCCCACUUCGCCCGGCGGCUGCAGAAGGUGGUGCGGCGGCUGCUCCCGGACUGCGAGGUGCGCUUCAUCCGCUCGGAGGACGGGAGCGGGAAGGGGGCGGCCAUGGUGACGGCGGUGGCCUACCGGCUGGCGGCACAGCAGAAGGUCCGGCAGGAGAUCCUGGACCCGCUGCGCCUGAGCCACGAGCAGCUGAUGGAGGUCAAGCGGCGCAUGCGGCAGGAGAUGGAGCGCGGCCUGGCCCUGGACAGCCACCCCGAGGCCACCGUCAAGAUGCUGCCCUCCUUCGUCUGCUCCACCCCGGACGGCACCGAAAAGGGAGACUUCCUGGCCCUGGACCUCGGGGGCACCAACUUCCGGGUGCUGCUGGUGAGGAUCCGGACCGGGAUCCGUCGGAGCGUGGAGAUGCACAACAAGAUCUAUGCCAUUCCGCAGGAGAUCAUGCAAGGGACCGGGGAGGAGCUCUUUGACCACAUUGUGCAAUGCAUCGCGGACUUCCUGGAGUACAUGGGCAUGAAGGGCGUCUCCCUCCCGCUGGGCUUCACCUUCUCCUUCCCCUGCGACCAGACCAGUCUCGACAAGGGGAUCCUGGUGGAAUGGACCAAAGGCUUCAGCGCAACGGGAUGCGAAGGGAACGACGUGGCCGAGAUGCUCAGGGAAGCCAUGCGCAGGAGAGAGGAGUUUGACCUCGACGUGGUGGCGGUGGUCAACGACACGGUGGGCACCAUGAUGGCCUGCGCCUACGAAGACCCUCUGUGCGAAGUGGGGCUGAUUGUCGGCACCGGUUCCAACGCUUGCUACAUGGAGGAGAUGAAGAACGUGGAGCUGGUGGAGGGCGACGAGGGGCGCAUGUGCAUCAACAUGGAGUGGGGCGCCUUCGGGGACAACGGCUGCCUGGACGACUUCCGGACGGAGUUCGACGUGGCCGUUGACGACAACUCUUUGUACCCGGGGAAGCAGAGGUAUGAGAAAAUGAUCAGCGGCAAGUACUUGGGCGAGAUCGUCCGCAACAUCCUGAUCAAUUUCACCAAGCGCGGGCUGCUCUUCCGCGGGCGGAUCUCCGAGCGCCUGAAGACCCAGGACAUCUUCGAGACCAAGUUCCUGUCUCAGAUCGAGAGUGACCGGCUGGCCUUGCUGCAGGUGCGCUCCAUCCUGCAGCACCUGGGCCUGGAGAGCACCUGCGACGACAGCAUCAUCGUGAAGGAGGUGUGCGCCGUGGUGGCCCGGAGGGCGGCCCAGCUGUGCGGAGCGGGGAUGGCGGCCGUGGUGGAGAAGAUCCGGGAGAACCGCGGCCUGGACUUCUUCAGGGUCACCGUCGGGGUGGACGGCACCCUCUACAAGCUGCACCCGCACUUCUCGGCCGUCAUGCACGAAACGGUGCGCAAGCUGGCUCCGAAGUGCGAGGUGAGCUUCCUCCAGUCCGAAGACGGCAGCGGCAAAGGGGCGGCCCUCAUCACGGCCGUGGCCUGCCGCAUCCGCGAGGCCGGCCAGCACUAGCCCCUCCCUCCCCCCUCCCCCCUCCCCCCUCCCCGGGGGUCUCUCUCCUUUCCCUCCGCUUUGCAGGACCCCCGGACCCCCUUCCACUCCUCCGCAUGCCGCGCAAAGGGCGCACCUCCCGCUGCAGGAUGUCCCCAUGCGAUGUCUCCUCUUUGGAGAAUGGAGUCGGGAAGAUCAGGGUGGCGUUUUCCACAAAAGCCACGGAAAUCUCUGUUUGGCAAAGGCAUGCGUCCACAUGACACAGUUAGAUCGCUUUGAGGCCCCAUCAGUUGUUCGCAAUUUGGGAGGGGCAGCUUUCACCCGCUCUUCUCGAAACGGCAUAUUCCGGGCUCCUUGGCCGUCCAAGCGACAGGCACCAAAGUGCAAUGAAUGUGUUGUGUAGGAAGGGCAAGCCAGUCAUGGGCCAACUUCGGCCCUCCCUCCUGGGGUUUUGGACUCCAACUCCCACCAUUCCUAACAGCCCCGGGCCCUUUCCUUUCUCCCGUCAGCUGCUUAAGCACUAUAGGCUUUUAGAUCAAGCCUUCAAGGAGCUCUCCAAGGUGCUGAACCUGGUUUGCUGGUAGAUUUCAGCACCUUGGAGAGCUCCUCCAGUAGUUUUCUUUAAGCCCAAGAUGGAUCCAUUGCUCUACUGAUGUGGAAGCCACUGCUUGCAGUUAAGUGUAAGUGCUUAAGCGGCUGAGUGGGGAAAGGAAGGGGCCUGAGGCUGUUGGGAAUGGUGGGAGUUAAUGUCCAAAACACCUGGAGGGAAGGCCGAUGUUGGCCCAUGCCUGGUCAAACUACAACUCCCACAACUCUAGGGCAAUUCAAACAGCAUGAAUGCAACAGUGUAGGUGAUGUUGCCUUGGAGAAUGCCAAGCCCCUCUUCUCAAACUGCAAAUCCCCAAACUCUGCAGAAUGGCAGUCGUAGCGCUAUAGACGCCUAGUGCCAAGAGCAGGAUGUCUGCAUGGAGUAACUCUCUGUGCUUCCUGCAAGGAAGGGUGGGACGCAUAGUUUCCCUUUGGGGAGUAACGCCGGGACUUUGGAAACUGCAAUUCCCACGUAUUGGGGCUUCUGGGGAGUGCGGGCCAAGACGCAUGCAUUCCGAGUAUCCCCAACACCAUCCACGUUGCAGUUUGAGACCCCUUGAGCUGGAAUCCUGGGGUUUGUAGCUUGUUGUGGCCUCAAGGUCUCAGGGAGAGAAUGCUACAAAUCCCAUAGCAAAUGUACAUCAACGCUGUGGUGUGGAUGCAUCCAUUGUGGGAUUGACUGAAUGACAAUCGGAUGAAUGGACGUGUGCCUGGAAAGGGAAUGGGGGAACUGGACCAUUUCCCACCCCUCCUUCCCUUUUAAUAUAUCUUGCAUUUGUGUGGAUUGUGUGUAGACGCCUGUCGUGAUGCAGCCGGCAUGCUCUUGAUGAUGCCCCUGCUUCCUGCUGCUACUGUAAAUAGACCCGAACAAACGUCACCCCAAAAAUGUCAUCCCCACCAUGUGACUUCCCAUACGAAACAGCCCCGCAAAAAAGCACUGUCUGGAUUGCGGGCCCUUCCGCUGUUGCACCGGCAUGCGCCUCUUAGAACACCUCGGUUGCAAAAUGCGUAUUUAAGAACAAAAAUAUGUAUGUCUCUGUUUCUGUAUAUAGUUCCAGAAAGACAGACAGGCAAAGGGAUUCUGUUGUGUAUGAUAUUGUAUUUGUUUGGGAGCGAACGGACAUUUCUUUGAGAAACCAAAAUAAGGAAGGAAGGAAAACAAAUGAAGGAUGGGAAAAGGGCGCAAGAGGCUCCAAAGAGAAAUAGAGAUGCCCGUUUUGGGAUCCGUCAGAGGAAUCGGAAAACGGAAUUGAAGAGAGGCCCCACUUGGCCUGCAAUAAUAAUAAUAAUAAUAAUAAUAAUUUUAUUCUUAUAUCCCGCCCCAUCUCCCUGAAGGGACUCGGGGCGGCUCACAUGGGGCCAUGCCCAGACACAACAACACAAGUCAAAUAAAACAUUAACAACCGAGCAAUAAAACUUCAACAUGAUUAAGAAUGCAAUGCCACCAUGUAUGUAUGCAUGCAUGCAUGUAUAUGUACAUACAUAUGUAUGUAUGUAUACACACACAGAUAUACACACAUACAUAUAUAUAUACACAUACAUAUAUAUACAUACACACACAUGUAUGUAUGUAUAUAUGUGUGUGUGUGUGUAUAUAUGUGUUUGUGUAUAUGUAUAUACACACACACACACACACACACACACCUCUAUAUAGAUGUGUGGGAGCCAUUGGAAGAAUUGGAAAACUGAAUUGAAGAGAGGCCCCACUUGGCCCUCAGUGCCACCAUGUAUGUGUGUGCAUGUGUAUCUGUCUAUACAUACAUACAUACAUAUAUACAUACACACCUAUAUAUAUGUGUGUGUGUGUGUUGGGAAGAAUUUGGCAUUCUUUUUAUGGGCAGCAAAUGGAACUGGAAAGCGACCUCUGCCUCGGUUGCACAGCUUCCAAAAGUUGAUGCGUGACUGUUAAAACCAUUUCCGUCAUUGCAUUCAUUGCUUCCCCGGUGGCGCAAAUGGGUUAAACCCUUGUGCCGGCUGAACUGCUGACCUGAAGGUUGGUUUGCUGACCUGAAGGUUGCCGGUUCGAAUCCGCAAGAUGGGGCGAGCUCCCCUCUGUCAGCUCUAGCUUGCAGGGAGAUAAGAGAAGCCUCCCAGCGAACACAUCCAGGCAAUGUCUCCUGGGCAACGUCUCUGUAGACGGCCAAAUCCCUCACACCAGAAGGGACUUGCAGUAAUACAUUUCAAGUCUUCCUAAAAGAAAUAUCUUCGAACACAACGGGCAACUCACCUCUUUGGGUUUCUAUUCCUUUUAUUUGGUCUUCCACAUAAAUGGAUUUUUUUUCCAAAGGGAAACAAAUGGGUAAAGUGAGGACUGGUUUGUGUUUCCUAAACUGCCAACCAAAUAGUUUGUAUUAAAAAGAAAGACGCAAUAAUAUUUUUAAGGUAUCUAUCUAUUUAGUGCAAAAGGCAUUGACUGCCGGCGAUGUACAAAAUACCUUUUUGAGUCGGAGAUGCAUUUGGAGCGAGAUAUUUUUGUUCUCUAUUUUUUUAUUCUCUAGAUCUAUAUUUAUAAUAGCUUGCAAUGACCGCAGAACCAAAAAAAUUUGUUAUAUUUCGCAGUGAGAUUUAAAUGGAAACAAUUAUAUAUAUAUAUAUAUAUAUAUAUAUAUAUAUAUAUAUAUAUACACACACACACACACACACACCUCCUUUUCUAAUUUUAUUUAAUGCAUCAAAAGCUUGCAAUGAAGGCAAAAAUACUGAAAAUUGCACAUUGCAAUGGGAAGCUGAUCAAAACGUCAGCGGAAACAAAUAGAUUGAUAGGUAGGUAGAUAGAUAGAUGGAUGGAUGAUCUAUGCUUUUGCUAAAAGGGGGUAAAAGAAGCUAUUUGCACCUAACCAUUUCCUGUACUGGUUUUUACUGGGGAUGAUGCUUGCUCGUCUGCUGGAAAGGCCUUUUGAUUUGCUGCGUGAUGGGAAGAACGAGGAAAUGUGUUUAACAAAACUUGAAUCUGAUCAGUUGCCGGGAUCGUACCUCAUUUGGAAAUGCGUUUGUAAUUUUGCUCGUUGUGAACUAUAUUUAGUGAAUCCGCAGAUCUUUUAUUUUUGUCACGAGGGUUUAUUUGAAAAAGGGAGAAGAAAAGAGUAGCAAUAAUAAAUAAAUAUAUUUUUGGUGUGA